AUGCCGUCCACAGGCUUGGCCCUGACGCCGGGUCUCGCGUCCUUUCUCAAGUCACUGAAGACGAACCCGAUCGAUACCUCGAUCGAAAACCUUAUCUCGUGCGCCUUGACUCCCUUCCUACUUUGGGCUACCUGCCCAGGGCAGACCUUCCCAUCUAACCACAACCACUUGCGUAUAGAUUGCUCAAACGCCGCCAAAUCCGCCAUUCCCGGUCAUGCGCUACCGCAACGGCAGCGUUGGCCGGCGCCUCAUAGCUGCUCAGCCGCGGGAGAUGGUGGGGGGAACAUUGUGCGACGAGUCCUGGGUCUGAUUCGCGACGAGGCGGAGGACGACCAUGAAGCGGAGUUCUCUCUCAAUGCUUCAUUGCCUUUAGACAGAGAUGCGCUAGGCCUGCGGCAAGAUGGACAAGACCGGAAUGCGGUGCGACCUCCUCUUACCUCCAUGUUCAGCCUCCUCUCGCACCCCGAGCCCGAAAAUUCGCAGCCGAGCACUCCAGGUUCCCAGUCCCCGAGCGGAAGGUUCCCCAGUCAUGGUCCCAGCAAAGACGUGCGCGCUGAGGUUCUCGAAGGUAUCAAUGAGAUUAUCGAUGAACUUGGGCAAGUCGACGAACAAAUUGCCGCAUAUGCUUUGGAUCAUAUCCACUCCAACGAAAUCAUCCUGACGCACACGUCCUCAUCUACGGUUCAGAAAUUCUUGCUCAAGGCCGCUGCCAAGCGCAAGUUCACUGUUAUCCAUGCCGAAUCAUUCCCUAAUAAUCAUGACUCCACACAUGCUACUGUCAGCGGCAAGAGCCUAGGCGAUGACGACCAACUGAGCACAGAUGCUUUCCAGAAGCCACUGAUCCAGCUUGGUAUCACCGUCAUUUUGAUCCCGGAUUCCGCUGUGUUUGCCUUAAUGUCCCGAGUCAACAAGGUCAUUCUAGGCACACAUUCGGUGCUCGCAAACGGCGGGCUCGUCGCUGCGGCUGGUACUCGUGUCAUCGCGCGUGCUGCGAAGGUCCACCAGACCCCCGUUGUCGUCGUGAGCGGUGUCUACAAAUUGAGUCCAGUCUAUCCAUUUGACUUCGAGUCGCUGAUUGAGUACGGAGAUGCAAGCAAGGUCUUACCAUAUGAGGAUGGUGACCUCGUCGAGAAGAUUGACGUCCAGAACCCUAUUUACGACUAUGUCCCCGCCGAGCUGGUGGACCUCUACAUCACCAACCUUGGCGGCCAUGCCCCAUCAUAUCUUUACCGUAUCGUGUCCGAUCACUACCGAAAGGAAGAUAUCAGCUUCUGA